AUGCAGACCUGGGCAAUUGUCUUCUACCUCCUCUUCCGCAUCGGGGAGAUCAUCGGCUCGGCCAUCGUGGUAGGCAUCCUCGGCCGCUUCCAGCAUUUCGUGGACGCAGCCCCCCACGGACACAAUGACAGCCGCAUCAUCUACAGCCUGGUGAUUGCCAGUCUCAGCCUGGCUGCGUCGUUGAUCAUGGUCUUCCCCUGGAUCAGAUUCUUCUAUGCCUUCAUCCUUGACUUUAUCUUCUUUAUUCUCUGGAUCGUCGCUUUUGGCCUCAUGGCGAAUUUGACUGUCUCCGGAGGCUGCCAUUCCACCUGGUACGUGACAGACUGGGGCUACUACUGGGGUAGAUGGUGGACCGUCUAUCCCACCGGCAACGUCACGACAACUGUCGUCGGCACGCAUAACUGUGGCGAUUGGAGAGCCAACCUGGCCUUCACUUUCAUCACGGCGUUGUUAUACUUCUGCAGUGCGGUAUUGGGAAUUGCGGUUGUUGCCUUCCACCGCUCAGAAAGGAGAGACCAAAUAGAAAGAAACGAGAAGAGAGGAGUGACGGCGGAUGGUCUGGAGCAAGGUCCCCAGCAGACUCCUCAAUCAGCUCCCCAACCAGUUCCCCAUGCAGCUCCUCAGCCAGUUCCUCAGGCGCAGGUCUAG